AUGGAGAAGGAGGGACUUGGAGAUGCAAGAUUCUUAUCACCUUGGUUAUCAGCAGCACUCUUUUGCCACCCGACGGCAGCCAGCGCAGACUGGACAAAUCGGAAGGAUUUUGCUGAGUCCUGUCCUGCUGAUCGCACGAAAGGAGCCAGCAUAGCUGUGCCAUCGCCAACAACAGGUAUGGCAUCAGCGAUAUCUAUUCAGAAUCCGUUGCUAUGUUCGCCUUAUCCACACGGAACACUGUUUGAGGCACGUCGUUAUAGUGAACCCACUACGCUACCUCAUCAUUUUGGCACUGGACGAAGAAAGAGUCGUGAGGGUUUGUUAUCAGUUUCAUCCUGGAGUGCAAGCUCCAUUAUGAGGCUUAAACUCAGUUCGCCGUUUUCCCACUUCGUAAAGGAACACAUGCAUUCAUUCACAGUUGGUCUCACUCUUUAUCCAUCGGCAGUCACUUGA